AUGGCCCUGGUCCCAUACGAGGAAGCCGCGGUGAUGGGGCUGCAGAAAUUCCACAAACCUCUUGCCACUUUCUCCUUUGCAAACCACACGAUCCAGAUCCGGCAGGACUGGAGACAGCUGGGAGUCGCUGCGGUAGUUUGGGAUGCGGCCAUUGUUCUUUCCACAUACCUGGAGAUGGGAGCCAUGGAGCUCAGGGGCUGUUCUGCUGUGGAGCUGGGUGCCGGCACGGGGCUGGUGGGCAUAGUGGCUGCCCUGCUGGGGGGGAACCCUGCAUGUAAUGUAUUAUCCAAGAAAGAAAGAAAUGGACAAUAUAUGACCCACUACAUCACUCUACAACCGGACAAAAUCUCUUUGGAAAUGGGUUCUAAAGGCGCAUCAUUCCACUGGGCAGUGAAAAGACAAGCUGAGAAGUGCUGUGAGGCCAAGAGGGAAAUGAUGAUCUAAAGGAUGACGGGGAAUGAUGAUCUAAAGGAUGACGGGGAAUGAUUCGGAGGUCGAUUUGGGUGUUCCGAGUUUGGUGAGUUCUAACAGUAUAGACAGCAUGUAGGAUGUAUGUGCACUUAACAACCUUAUUUCAGUCUUGUUUCCCUUGCUUUCUCCUCUCCAUCAUCCAGUAGUUUAUCAAAGGCUAAAGAGGAGACACAAUGGUGAGAGAGAAAGGAAGCCUAAGUAAGUCUGAAUAUAAAAUUUCAUGUUAAUGAAUCCUUUUCUUUCAUAAACUUCUGUAACUCUAGUUUUACAAAUUCAAGACCCACAAGUAGAGUAUCCAAAUAAACUGUAUCUAUAUGCUAGUUUCCAAAGAUAUGAUCCUCUACACGUACCUCCCAACUUUGUCCCAACAAAUUAGUACACUAUAAUGUUGUGAAAGAUUAAAUUAUGUGUUCCUCAAAAAAAAAAAAAAAAAGAAACAUUGGGCUAAGAAAAUGCACUUAUUUCUCUAAUGCAAGAUCUCCUGAAUCCUUUGAAUGUAAAAAAGGGAAUUGAGACUCUCUAUAAAGAGGAACUCUAUGUAUGAUGUUCCACACCUAAUUUCAUUUACAAUCCUACUUUAGUGGGGGACAUUGAAUAUAUUUCAAGUAACAGUGUCUUAGAAAGUUAGAUUUACAAAUGAUGCUCAAGUCAGUCAGAGUUUAAAAUAUGCACAUUUGGAUGCAAAUUUAAUACAAUAUGAUAUACUAGCAACAGUUCUACACUGGGGAUCAGGACACUUGGGUUCAGAUCCUGGCUCUGACACUAAGUUGUAUAGCUUCCGGCAAGUCCCCUCCUAUUCAGGGACUCUACUCAUCCGUCUUUUGUUUUUGUUUUUUAAAAACUAAUCAAUAUGUACCAAACCAAGGUAGAGUUUAAUUUUAUACUGAGUAUGCAAAGCCAGGGAAUAAACGAUGGAUGGACCAGGAGAAGCAUUUUUAUAUUAAAAUAAACACCACUAUAUUUUGGAGUUGGAGACCUGGUGGUGCAGUGGUGCUCUGCUCAUAACCAUAAAGUCAGCAGUUCGAAUCUACUUGCUCCUUGGAAACCCUAAGGGGCAGUUCUACCCUGUCCUACAGGGUUGCUGUGAGUUGCAAUCGACUCGACAGCAAUCUGUUUUGGUUUAAUGGAUUAGUCUGACGACAGUGUGAAGAUUAAAUUGACCUCUAAAAUCUCUUUUAGUACAGAAAUAGGAUUUUAUGAUUCCAAGCAUUACUGCAAACAGAUGGCAAAUUCUAAAAUUGAUUUGAGUGACAUAUUUUUAGAAAAAAGUUCUUUUCACAUAAUGUUUCAACCUUCUCCUCCCACAUUUACUGAACUAAUUCUUUGCCUCUACAUAUUUCACUUGUCCCUUCCCCUUUUCAACCAUUAAUCUUUCCAUACUACAGCUUAUUUCCUGUUGCCUUCGAGUUUGUGCACGUCAUUCUAGUCUUCAUUUAUAUGAAUUGUAUUAAUUUAAAAAUAUGUAUUGAUACUGGCUUCUGCCCCUGGAUGUAGAGUGCUGAGAGUGUCACUCCUUCUCUUACAGUGAAAAAAAGGAUUAACUUCAAAUUCAUGAAUUUUCUCAAGCCCAUCAGAUAGCUGAGACUAUAUAGUAAAGGACUGACCCAAAAUCUAAGGAGACAGUGCCUUAGGAAGGGAGAAGACACAAACAAAACCUCGCGUGGGAUAGAUGCACUGGACAAUUGUAAAAAGAGUUUACCUAGAAUAGGUAAAAAUUUGAUGAAGGCCAGAGUACAGCCUGGUAGGAGUCUACAUGCUUUUACAGGAUUUUUCUACAUAAACCUCAUUGGACACUCAUAGAAAUGACUGCAAUGAGUCCUAAGAUGAUAAAACUCCAUUAGGAUCCUCUCUCUACUACAGAACUGUGGCGGAAGGGCAACAACUGCCAGCCUUUGAGCCCUUGGUGAACGUUCACCGCAUUUGGGGGAAAUACAGGGGGACCCUACUCAUGUGUCAAAAGGACACAGAAGCCAACUUGUAAGAGCUCUCAAUGGCUAAAGCUGGAACAAUCUGAACAUAAUCAAUAAUGACAGCACUGGAUUAAAGUAAUGAAAGAAUAAAGUAAAUAUCCUUGAGCCCACACUGAUAAUAAAUGGAGAAGGGACAAAUUUUCCUUACAGAAUUCCAAUUAAUAAAUGUAGAAGGAACAAAGGAAAUAGGAAAUUUUCAUUAGAACACCACAAUAAUACUUACUGCAGGUAAGAUUCAUUGAUGAAUGCCAAAAAUAUUUGGCAAAACUUUUAAAAGAAACAGGGUAUUUGCAUAGCCUCAAAGUAUCUACCCUAAAAUACAAUAAUUACUGUGGUGGUUUUAACAUAUGACCACAAAUUCUUUCAUAUUAUCUCCUCCAGGAACGUGAACUGGAUUUGGUGUCUUACUGCCAAGAAAUAGAGUAUGAGGGAAAAAUGGUAACUCUACAGUGGAGAAACCUGGAGUACUCAACAUCAACAUCACUAGUAUCAAGUCACGUCACUAGUAUUAAGUCAUGCUUCUGAUAUGUACUCCCUGACAUGAUGUGGCCAGAAGGGAACACAACACCUCUGUGGUAUUCUCCCCCCAAAAUCCACCACCUCAGUUUAAUCAUAAGAAAACAACACAUAAACCCAAAUUAAGGGAUGUUCACACACACACACACAAACGGUAUCAGGGGAAACUAUAGAAUGUUAACAUUUUGGAUGGUGCCAUUAGAGGUUAUUAAAUUUUUAGCUUAUGUUGCCUAAUUUACUUAUAAUGAAUGUUUUACUUCUAUAAUAAAAAUAUAUCAAAAAUGAGAUCAUAAUACACCUACACUUUGGUAACCUUUUUCCUUCUAUGAACAUCUUCCCAUCUCAAUAAAAAUGCAUCAUUUUCAUUCUUACUGGCUGGUUGUAUAAGGAGGAAUGGAUGUACCUUAAGCUACACUUUAAACUUUAAUUAACCCUUGUUUGGAAUUUUUCAAUUUUAUUACAUAAAAAUUUUAUUUCAUAUUUAUUUUCUAUGAAUCUGCCUAUUUAUAUUCUUAACUCAUCAGUCUUCUGAUCUUAUUUGCUGAAUUGUUUUCCAGUUUUUUGUUUGCUUUGAUGCUUUCUUUUUCUUCUUUUUUCUUGAUUAAACAUAGUGGUUUUACAUGUUUAUAUAGUCAAAUAUAUUUAACCUUUUCCUUUAUUGCUUCUGCCUUUAGGAAUCUAUUAAAAUUCCCCUGCACCCUAAAAUUUCAGAAAGACAAUGGUGGUAGAUUAUAUUACUUUCACAGUUAUUCACUCCUCCCUCCCUGUGGGAAGAAUAUACAUCCCUACUCCCAGUGACUUUAGACUUGUCUUUGCCCUUGCCUGUGCUUGGCCAGUGAGACACAAGAGGAUGUGAUGUUCACCACAAUCAAGGAGACGCUUUAAAAAGCACUGCCCUUCUCUCUUUGCCACAAGAAUGGCAUGUCUUAAAAAGGUGCUGCCUCUUCAGCUGGGAUCCUGGAACCAGGCAACAUGUGUAGGAAAGACAAAGCAGCUGACUUGUAGCUGCCAAGGAGUAACAUAACUGAGGAAGAAAUUUUUGUUGUUUCGGGUCUCUGAGAUUUUGUGAUUAUUUUUUCCUGAAGCAACACAGAUGAGCAUAAUGACCAUCCACAUUUUCUUUUAGAAUGUUUACCUGUCGGCUUCAUUUUUGAGUAUGGCAAUUUGGAUGGGGUAGAAUUUUGGAUCACAACCUUUUCCUAUCAAAGUUUAGUUUAAAAUAGGCUGUGUUCAAGGUACAUAAGGGAUAUUCACUCUAGGGAAUACAUUCAGGAGGACAGUGCUUCUCUAACGUUUCCACGGAAGUAGCCACGAUAGUAGAAGAAACUAAGUAUGUUCCCCCAGGGAAUUCUGAGGGCACACACCAAAGCAAUCACUACUAUUAGAGUUUUUUUCUAAUUUCUUAUUUUACCUUAAAAAUGUUAAAUGUUUUUCUCCCAAAUCUUUGAGCAAAAUGAACAUUCAUGGAAAGUGUUCCAUGUUAACCUUCUUGUGCUGCACCUCCCCAGCAUACUUCCAUGUACUCCAGUUUGAAAGACACAGCAGGAGACCACUGGAUUCCGGAAUCUUAGUAAUAUGUACACAGGCUUUGGCACCAAGACAGAUAGUAACAGAGACAGUAAUAGGUUCAACUCCGAGCUCUACCAAUUUCGUAAUAGGUGUGACUUUCAGCAAGACAUUUAACUUCUCUCUGAACUAAUUCAUAAAAUAAUAUAUAUAAACUAGUUAUGGUGCCUAGCACAUAUUAGGCUUUAAUAAAUGGUACCUGAGGAGAAAGGUCAAAGCCACAAUAUAUAGAAUUAGGAGGUUAUCAGCAGACAGCUGUUGAAUGAAAUACGUGGGUAUGGAUGAAAGUCCCAAGAGAAAAUUUAAAAAGUAGACAAAGAACCAGGUGAAUAAGCAAAAGGAAAAGAGUUUUGAGAAAUGAGUAGUCAGAAGUAUCAAAUAUUCCACAGAGAUAAAAAGGAAUGAGAAAAAAAUACAGGGGUUGCCAACUGGGAGGCAAUCUGUACCUUUUGACAGACAUAUGAAUAGUUUAUAGUCACAGAAGACAGUUUACAGUGAAUGAAAGCUGAAAAAGUAGGAGCAUCAGAAAUAUGGUAAUGAAGGCAAAAAGGGAACCAUGGCAGAGUCAAUGGGAAUUUUCCUUUUUUUAGGAUACUGAAACUAAAUCCAAGUAAAAGUAUUUAAGAGUCCAUGGUAUAUCAAGGAGCGCUCCUGCCUUACAACUAGCAGAAGAUAUUUUAAAUGUAUAGUUUUCUUUAUAAUUAAAAAAUACGUUUAAAUAUGAAUGCAAUGAUUAUCCUUCUGUUUAGUAUUAUAACUGAAAUACUUAAGAAAAUCAGAUCCAUAAAGCACAAAUAAAGUCAUUCAGCUUGUUUCCAACGCUUUUCCUAACAUCCCAGAAAAAACUGUCAUUUCUUAUAGCCUAGAUGUAAUUUACUAAUGCUCUGUGACAGCUAAGAAUACUUUAGGAAUGAAGAGGUUAUUCUCAGCUAAAACAUAAAAUUGUUUAAAAACAAACACUGCAACAGAGCACUACAGCUGCAAAAGGAUUUCAGAACUGUCUUUUUUGACCCUCAGAACAACCCUUCAGGUGGGUGGUGACAUCCCAUUUUUACAAAGGAGAAAGCUGAGAUGUAGAAAGGCCACUGAGUUCUCUCAAAGUCACAGCUCAGGGGUAGUCAGGUCUUCUAAAUUCAGUCUGUUUCUUUCACUUUAUCAGUGUUUGAAGAAUCUUGAGUAGACAGUAGAGGAAUAUUUUCACCAAUUUCAAACUUUUUUUUUUAUCUUUGUACUUUAUUUUCAUUUUCUUCUGUUUGUCUCAGAGUUGUAUCCAUAUUAAAAUAGUAUUUAAUGAAUUACUUUCUUUUAUUCUGUAUUUUUGAUGACAAAAGCAUUUACAGCCAUGAACCUACAUUUGAAAACUGCACUGCCCACAUUUAAUAGAUUUUGCUUUAUAAUAUUUUCAUUGUUGAAGACUAAUUGCAUCUAUUUUAAGAUUUAUGUCAGUAACAAGGUAUUCUUAGAAUUUAUUUUUGAAGAAUCGUUAUUUAGGUGUUAAAUAUUGAGUUAUUAAAAUUAUGGAUUUAUUAAAUAAAUAUAAUAUUAAUAAAAACACAAACUGGCCAUCAUAUAUUUAUUAAAAUAAAUUUAAUAUAAAUAAAACAACAUUUAAUUUUAAUAUACAUGCACCAAAUUCUUGAUCUUCUUGAACAAUACUAUUCAAGAAAAGAAACAAUUUUAAAAUAAUCUAGUUGGUUAGAGCAUAUGAAGGUACAGCCAAGGAUGUAUAUUAAAUCUUUCAUGGGGAAAGUGCAUCAAAGAAAACUACUUUACGGUCAAAGAUGAACUGAUAAUCCCAUUAGACAUCUUCUCACAAAUGCAGCUUAUUAAAUAAGGAUCUAUCAAUUCUACCAGGAAAAAAAAAAAAAACUCAAUGCAAAGAUCCUAUUACCAGCAGAUGACAUGUAAACAUACAUGUUUGGCAUAAUUUGAAGAUGUACAUGACCUACAACAAUCUAAGAACAUGCAAUUUAUGUACCUGUUCUUCAUCAGACGAACCUCUCUCUUUCGUGCUGCUUCUUCAGCAGGCUGCGUAGGAAGUGCUGGGGAGGAUGCCAUAACAACUCCAGGGGCAAUCGUGCUAGUGGGUGCUGUGCGAAUCUGAUAUGUUUGCACAUCUCCAGAGGCAGCUGGGAACAACAAUCAAAAAAAGCAAGCAUAGUGUAAGACACUGCAGCACUGUGACUGGGUUAAACUACAUGUAUCAAUCAUCCAUCUAAACAUCCGUUUUGGAUUCAAAAGGGGAAAAAUGGAACAGAUGAUUCUGGCUAAAAUGCUGAGAGAAUCAGCACUCUGGGUCAUUACUGAGAAGUAAUUCCCCAUUUGAUAUAUUUAUUAGUAUAGACAGAUGAAAGAGGUCUUAACCUCUGUUUACUAGUCCUUAUAUUUCUUUUACUGGAAUGCAGUUCUAUUCUGUUGAUAACAUGUUUACCAACCUUAAUUCUAAAAGGUAAGUAGGGCACAGCCUGGAUGAUCUUCCUAGACAUAGUCCUCAAUGUCUUCCUUUGAUAUUGGUAAAUUCAUACUAAAAAAUUUCAAGCAGACUCUUGCCACGACAUAAAAACGACCAUGAUUUUUCAUAAAAUAGCAAAAUGGAAGAGAAAAUAAAGCAUUAUGGUCAACUAUUAUAAAUUUCUAACUGAAACAAAACUGCAAGUAUGAAAAAGUGGUAUCAAUGCCAAUUAUAUUAUUUGUAAACAUUCUGUUUUAAUGUAAAUGAUAAUGGCUAAACUGGUAUUUUAUUUUUCUAACUAAAUGAUUCAUCAUUUAUGAAACAAAACACAAUCAUUAUUUGUCAAAUUGCUUCUAAAAACAACUUAUCCCCUCCUAAGAAACCUAACAUUAUUUCAAAGAAUUUCAAGGUGUUUAUAGAAUUAUCCAUAUUUAAUAUCAAUCAAAAUGUGUAGUUUGAAUGGAAAAGAUUUAUAUACUGAACAUGUUACCAUCUUCAAACUGACGUUCAGAAUUCAAAUUCACUGACAUCUGCUUUACAAUUUUUGAGUACCUGCACGUAAAGUGAAAAGGUGUUUUACUCCCAUUAAUAAGCAAAAUAUUAUGUUCUUCAAACAUUGUUUAGUAACAGAACAUACUCUGUAAAUACAACAAAAAAAAAAAAAUUUUUUUUUUUU